UUUUUUUUUACUCGCUUCCUAACUCCAUUAUAAAACCAGAACGUUCUUUGUUUCCUCACCACCAUUGACUUUGAGACAUGUCUCGCUCCACUCUUUCCGUCCUUCUAGCCAUCGCCGCGACUUCAAAAUUCGUUUCUGCUCAACCUGAUCCGGCCGACCCAACACCACUUGUCGACAAAACUUAUGCAUACCCGUCAGGAAUCCCUUACCAAGUCGACUACAACACCGCUGCUAUCCGUGGCCCUCAGACAGGCUACAACAUCUGUAACUCCACCACAGAGAACCAGAAUUCCUUGUGCCAAACCUCAAUGGUGAACCACAUCGACGAUUUCUGCUUAUGGGCACCACCCAUCCCCAACUCCACUAUCGGCGAUACUGAACAGGAGGAGGUUGCAUGGUGCACAAAGCCUGGUCACGGCACUCGUCUCAUUCCCAAUGGUGCCCUUCAGGGUGUUCAGUAUCUCGUCACAUCGGAGUACAUUCAAAUCGCUGGUUUUAUCGACCAGACUCAGGUUAACAUGAACGCUCAAGACUAUGGAGGAGAACUCGACCCUCAUGGUGCUGACCUUCGUGGGAAUCCUCUCGGAGGUUUGAUGUACUCCAACGCGUUCCCAAGCAACGGUGGCAACAACAACUCCUACCAGCAAGUUAUCGACUGGACGAACUUCAUGGGUGGCGAUGCCUUUUGUAUCACAAUCUGUGAUCCUGCUUCUAGCAGCGCAAACCAGUCCGCUUACUGCCAGAACAUCUACGACCGCAUGGGAUGUUCUUACAACAUGCCCAACAAUGCCCAGAACGGUACCUUCGAGGUUUGCGACUCCGACCUGAAGAUUCCUGCUGGUCUCUACGUCACCGGCGGCGUUACCAUGACUUACACUCAACCAAAUUCCGGCGUCGUCGACCCACCCUACACCGCUUUCACUCCCGCCUCGUCCAACUGCGUGACUUACGCCAGCUCCGCCCUCUAUACUGGCCUCGCCACAGUCACCCCUACCGGUGUCUCCGCUUCAGCGAGCGGCGCUACCGCUAAGGCCUCUUCGACUGGCUCGAACACGGCUGGUGCUGCCGCUGCAACCCACAGCGGCGGUGCUGUCGCUCUUGGCGUUUCGACCCUUGCCGGUGUCACUGGUACCCUCUUCGCCAUGAUCUUCCUCUCAUGAAUCCACUGUGCUGCUGACUAUAUCCUUUAGCCUUGCAUAUGCUAAUAUACCUGUACACUGACAUUCAUGAUAGUAGUGGGUUAUCUGUGUUACCUUCACUGAGACGAUUGUUGUUGCAUGCAACGAUGGACUUGUUCAUUUUUACCUUCGGAGUGACUCAUGAUGUUUGUUAUUACUGUUUGGACCAUAACGCACGAACUGGAAUAUAACAACUUGGUUACUGUCUCA